UCACAUCAGUUAACAACGUUCGUGAUAUGAAACUUUUCUACUAUUCCUGUUGUUACCGGGAAAGGAUCCGUGUUCAAAUGGCAUGGCUGUAUAGAUCGAAUCAUUUAAUUCGAAUUUAUAACUUACGUCCCGUUUUGUGAUCCAAUGGUUGAAGUAUUUCAAACGUUGUCGACUAACUGGUUUUUUUUUUUUACCAUCACCAGACCAUACGAUUAUCAAAUGUAAAAUUACGACAACCGCGGAAUCCCGAAAUACACUGUUACAACAUGGAUCACGAAAACGUAAAAGUCAAAGUAGAGUUUGACGACGAAGACGAAUCAAUCUCGAAUCUCGUGACCCCGAGCAUUAUCAGUCAUGACUCCACGGUGACUUGUGGUAAUUGCAAGAAGCAAAUGAGCCUUCAUGAGUAUAUAAUUCAACACCGUAAAAGUCAUUAUUACCUUUGUUGGUUAGAAGGCGUAGAGGAUAAAAUUGAUUUCACAGAUACAUCACAGGUUCAAAAAAUAUUAAAAGAAAAUUCUGAGAUGCUUAAAACUAAGUCGAAAUUUGUUUGUGAAUGGUGCGAUGAUAUAAAAUUAACCAUUGCUGGAUUUUCUAAACAUCUAAAAAAUUGCGUAGCGAAAACAAUGUUAUGUGAAAAUGAUAUAAAUCAGGAAGAUCUUCAGAAAAAUUCUAGUUCAUCGAUUACUUAUUCUAAUGAUUCUAUAGUGUCAUGUGGCCGUUGCAAAGAAAGUAUGAAAUAUGCAGAAUACAAAAAUGAACAUAGAUAUAAACACUAUAAUUUAUGUUGGUUAGAUGGUGAAGAAAAAUUAGAUUAUUCAAAUCAGAACAAAAUAACUGAAUUACUCAAGGAAAUUUUACCAAAACUUACUGAAAAUGUAAAAAAAUAUUAUUUUAUUUGUGAAUGGUGUGGAGAAAAGAGAAACAGUUUGUUAGGGUUUGCUAUUCAUGUGAUGAAAUGUGCCAAAGAACAAAAUUUUGUAUCACUACAACAUCCAGAACUUGAUGUGUCUGAUUCACUUGAGACUAUUGAUAAGGACUCUAAAUAUGAUUCAGAUUCCCCAGUAACUUGUGGUUUAUGUAAUAAUACUAUGCUGUAUAAAGAAUUUACAGAAAAUCAUAAAGCAACUCAUUAUAAUUUAUGCUGGAUAAAUGGUGAUGAAAAAGUAGAUCUUGAUGAUGUAGCCAUAACACAACCUUUGUUACGACAAACUUUACCAAAAGAUGCAGCUCGCGAAAAAAAAGUAAAAUUUGUCUGCGAAUGGUGUCAAGUAGAAAAAAAAAGUGUACCUGGUUUUGCUAGCCAUUUAAAACAGUGUAAAUUAAGACCGGAUAAAUUGAAUUUAAUAAAUGAUUUUGAAAGUGGUAAUGACUUAAAUAAAAAAUCAGAAAUAGAAGUAACAAAUGCAUCAAUAGUAACUUGUGGACGAUGUAACAAAGAAAUGACUUAUAUAGAAUACUGUUCUAAACAUUGUUCUAAACAUAACAAUUUAUGCUGGAUUGUUGGAGAAGAUAAACCUGAUUUAGAAAACUAUGAUGUUAUAGUGGCAAAAUUGAAACAAUUUGUACCUUUUAGUGUGGUUCGUUCGCGAUCAGUGAAAUUGACUUGUGAAGAUUGCAAAAGUGUUAAAAGAAGCAUUUCAGGUUUUGCCAGUCAUGUAAUAUUUUGUAAUAAAACUGCUAAUGAUAUAAAACUUUUAUUAGUAAGAUGUGAAGACUGUGGAACUAAAAUUAAACCAUCUUCAUUUUUAUCUCAUAGAUUGAAAAAUUGUAAAGGUGCAAAUAGUAAGGUGGAAAAUAGUGAUAAAACAGAAAAUAAUUGGUCUAACUAUAUUGAUGAUAAUGCAUUAUUUUACAAAAUGCGACGAAAAAGAAGACCUCCAAAUGUUUUAAGUUUUCAUCCUAAUACAAAAUAUGUGACCGAAUAUUUUGAUCUUAUGUGUCGUUUAUGUGAUUUUGUAACAUUUAGUAUUAAUGAUAUUACUAAUCACAUUUCAACAAUCCAUAAUAUUGAUUUAAAUCUCAUAACAAGUAAAAAAAUUAUGGAAGAUUAUAUAUUAAGUAAAAAUGAUGUACAUCAAAACAUAUAUUUAAUACCUUUAUUAAAUUACUACCAAUUCUAUAUUAAAACAUUUUGGAAAGCCAUUUAUCAUGGAGAUUUUAAAUGUAAUGUAAAAAUUUUGAAUAAUGAAGAAGCGUUAAGGUAUUUGCCAUCCAUUCAGCAGUCUUGCAAAGUAUUUAAUUCUAAUAAUGAACAAAUUUGUGUUAGUCUAUUUAAGUCUGCUCAUGUCAAUGGUAAAUUUAUGCUCUUUACUGGUGGUCCCAACUGGGCUUUAUCAUGGUGUCCUGUUCCAAAAGAAGUUCAAACUCAGUAUUUAGCAAUAUCAUGUCAUCCUAAACCUGAUCUACUACAUAAAGAGAUGAACAUUUACAAAUAUCCAUCACUUUUACAAUUAUGGAAAUUUAAUUCACUAAGUAAUAUUAAUUAUGAAUCUGUUGCUGAUAUGCCAUAUAUGUCCUAUGGAUUAGCUCAUGAUUUUGGUGCUGUCUGGGAUAUGGCAUGGUGUCCUUCAGGAGCUUAUGAGCCUAAUAAUAAAAUUGGUUUAUUGGCAUUAAGUACAUCUUGUGGAGAUUGUCCCAUAUUUGCAAUGCCUUGUACAGAUGAAAAUUCUGAAAUGUUUUAUAUCUACAAAGCCAAACCUGUUAUAGCAAGAAAUUUUGAAUGUGAAUGGAUUGAAGGUGGUGUACAAUGUACAAAAGUUUGUUGGCAAGCAAUUGCACCUUUUAAAACUGUCAUUUGUGGUUAUUCAAAUGGUAUUGUGAGUUUGUUCAAUAUAAAUUUUAAAUCUAUAUUCUUAAAUGAUGAAAUACUUUAUCCAAGCCACACUUUUAGGGCGAGUAGAUGUAGCAUAACAGGACUUUCUAUGAAUUAUUUUAAUUCUUUGAUAUUGUCUACUACAGCAACUGAUGGUCAUGUAACUCUAUGGGAUUUAAAAUCAACUGAAAUUCCAAUUUUUCAGAAAAAAUCUUAUAGUCCUUCUGAUUGUACUUGGCUUCAACAAUGUUAUACAUUAGUGUAUUGUAGUAAAGGUGUUAAUCCAUUAUUCUUAAAAGUUCGAACUAUCAAUUUUUCAAAUUAUAAUGAUGACGUUGAAGGUUACAAUCCAGAGUUAUAUGUUAUAAAAAGUGUGAUCAAUAGUAGUAAAAUAAUUAGUAAUAAUAGUGUUGUGAAUAAUGAUAGCAAAUUAAAUAAUGAUGUAGACAAUUGUAAUGAUACUGUUAGAAAAAAACCUAAAAUAAAGGCUAAAAAAACCACUCUCGAUGAUUCCUUAAGUGAUGAUGAGUCAUUCAAAUUUGUUGAUUCAGACACAAAUAGUGAUGGAGAAAAAUCAAAUUUUGUUGAAAAAUCUGGAGAUGUAUCAAAAAGUAUUGAUGAGGAUGAUUUAUAUGGUCCUACUUUUUUUCAAAGAAGUACUCAUUGGUCUGUUUCUGCAUCAGAUUGGAUGAACAUCAUUGCAACUGGGGAUGAAGGUGGAGUUAUUUAUGAAAAACUUUUUCUACCUGAAAACAAUCAUAUAAAAAAAGAAAACUGUGCUACACUUCAAUUGAUAGUAAGAAAACUUAAUCCAAAUGAUACAUCAAACUCAGAAGUUUCAAAUUACAGCCACUUUAAUGAGACUAUUAAAAUAUUUGGUUUAGAAUUCAAAUCUUUCCGUUUUGAUGAAAAUAUAAUGAGCAAUAAAGAUGAUACCAAGCCAUUGCUUAGAUAUCCUCUCGAUAAUAUUACUAAGGUUUCAUGGAAUCAAAAUUUUAGUUCAUUUCGUUGGUUGGCAAUUGGAACACAAAGUGGUUUUACGCUUGUAUCACCAUCUCAAACAAUAUCUGAUAAUUAUAUUGAUUCAUUUUACAAAAUAAUUUCUACAGAACUUAAUAAAUGUUGACUAUGAAACUUAAUUUAACUUAUUUUAUUAACUUUAUUUUAUAUUUUAAGUUCAAUAAAAAAGCUAUAGGUCAUAAAAAAA